AGAUAAGUAAGAUUGGUACUCGUUUUUCCAGACUUGCGGUAAAACUUUUAAUUACAAUUAAUCGUAAUAAUAAAAGUCUGCGCUGUGAGAAAGCUUAAACGAGCACAACAAAGCCUGCACUGUUAUGGGACGAGUUUAAUUAGCAUCUGGGGUUAGUGGCCACCGAUUCCCAAGAAAAAAUCAAAAUCGGCGAAAGUCGUUGAAAAGUCAAAGUGAGAUAUAAUUGGCGCGCGCUUUCGUGACUUUUGGAAUUCCGGACGAUGUAGUUUGUGAGAAAACAGAAGUUUCUGUGUCGCGUUUUUACGCGGAUUGCGAAACUGUGGGAAAUUUGUAUUUGUGACAUGAAAAAUGACGGGAAUUCGUGUAAUGGAAGCCGAGACUUUUACUUGCUGUAAUCGAUGAAGAGCUAAAAGCUAUCAAUCACGAUUAGAAGAAAUUGGUGAAUAAACACCAAAGUGGGUUCAGUCAACGGGUUAUGGCCAAAUUUUCUAGCGUCGACAGUAAGCUUGAUUUACCGAGUGAAAAUUGUGAAUGAUUGAUGACGUCACGAUUUUACCCAUUUUGAAAUAGCUACCUUGACUCGGAUUUCGCAACCACCAGCCAUGCGAGAGCGACCAACAGAAUGGGCAAUUUGAAUAAAAAAGUUUAGUGGCCUCGGAACGAUGGCAGCCCACGUAAGUUCAGUGCAGUGGGAGACUCCUCUGUCGUUAGAUCGACACUUGGUGAUUCCAUCCGUCAACCCUUCGUUCCUCCACUCGCAAAAGCUCCGCGAAUCCUUAUCCGAAUCUCGUAAAGCCUUCUUGCGCGCCAUCAGCACCGAUGAAGAAACGGAAACGGUAGAGCCCAGCCAUGAACCCUCAAAGAAAACCCCCGUGAAGAAGAUCAGCUUCAAGAUAAAGAAGACCUCGUCCGUGUACCGCCGUAACGCCUCGACCGCCCCCAAGAUGGCCACCCUCAGCGCCAGCAAGGUGGCCGAACUGACGAAGAAAUUUAACCAGUUCAACGAAAAUCCCGAGCCGACAAAAGUGAGGAAGUUGGUCAAGCGGGUGAAUAGCCAAAGAAGUUUAGAUAGUGACAGAGUGACGCGGAAGAGUAGUGUGAAGUGUGCGCGGAAACCGAGCGUGAAGACGAGGGAGAAAGAGAUCGUGAUAGUGAAGCGCAAACCGGUGAUCAAACGCGAGAGUGCCAAGAGGGAGGACCAAGACAGACCGAAUACUCUGCGAAUCAGCGAAGAUGUGCAGCCGACGCCGAAGCCGUCGCCGGGCGGUACCGUCCGGGCGGCCAUCGAGAUCUUUGAGCGGAGGAACUCGAACCCCGUACCUAACCAAGUGCCAAAACCCAAAGUGCCUGAGAAACCCACGAAGCUCAAAGAAAUGAAGACUGAAGAAGUACCAGUACAAACUAACAUUCCCAGGAGAUGCGAUUCGAUGUACGAAACGUUUAACGCGACUUUAACGCUAGCGAACCCACUGAAGGAGACGAAAUCUGAAGAAGCCAUCGUACCGGUCAAACCCAAACCAAACACUUCCUUCCUGUGGAAGAUCAAUCAAGACAAGUCACCGUCGACGUCGCAAGACGACUGGAAAGAUCUGUACGACUUCGUGGACCCGACGCCUCAGGUGCCUCCGCGCUCUGCUCCUAACCAAAAACCCCCAACCCCUCCGAAAAAAACUUUCAAGAAACCUCCGCCCGAAGAAAAGAUCUACGAAGAGUUGAACGUGUGCAGGGACGAAGAUACGGUUAGUCACGCUUACGAGUACUGCGAAGACGACGGGUACGAAAUUUGCUCAAAGGAGAACAUCUACGAGACGUUGCCUCCUCCUCUACUUCCGCGAAGACAACAAUUGGAACCUCUGCCGCCGCGACCUCCGUCGAGGAGUAGCAGCUACUGUACCAUCCAGGCCGGGGAGAACGUUUCGAACUGCUACGAAUCCAUCUACAACCCCGAAACUAAAUCGCUCGACGUGGAAAGUACUUACGAAAGCAUCUAUGGAUGUCAGAUCCGUGAAGGAGGUUCCAACCGCGACUCUCUUAUUUCGUCCGACCAACAAAGUAACAGUUUGUACGGAAGGGCCAGUCUGGCGGGGUGGGGGGACGAUCCUGCCAAUCCCUACAGCGGAAAGGCGACGAGCGACUUAAGUACGAGCGAUCGCAGCGACGAUUGGGUGGAUGUGACGGAUAAUGAAGAAAACGACAACGACAACUCGGAAAUCAUCAUAAUUCGCGAACGCCAAAAGCCGAAAAAAACGCCGGGAUGGUCUAGACAGUGCCGGGAGCAAUGGUCCAAGUCCCCCAAGAAACUAGCAACGGAUCACUGUGCCGACAGCGACCCGGACCACCUGUACGAGAGCCUCGGCAACAAUCCCAAAGAAGAAUGUCCGGACGACGACUACGACUCGUUCGACAGCGAUUCCGAUUCGGAUAGUUCCUUCACGAAAGUUAACUCGAAUGAUAGCGGCCUAGACAUAGGCAACAACCAGCUCCCCGAUCCCCCCAACAGCCAGCCCUACGUCCUGACCCGGCUCGCUGCCACCGUGAAGCGUAAACUCCGCCGCAAUUGGUCCUUGACCAAAAGCGACAUAAGCAAGUCUCUCAGUCGCAUGACGGGCCGCAAGUCACGCACGGACCUCGAAAAGAUGAAGCACCGAAAAUCUAGUCCCGAAAUUCUUUCGAACGAAGGGCCGUGCGAAAGUCCCGAACAGCCCGAAACGAAAACUUUACCGCGCAAGAGUUUCUUGACGAAGUUUAGAAGAAGCAUGUCUUUGAGCGCCGAAUCGGCUGCCGAACUCAAUACGAACUUGGAUAACAAACCGAAGAGUACGUUUUACUUGACGGAGGAAAUAGACGUGGAUAAGAACGAGUCGGAAAGGGACAGCGGAGCUUCGUUGUCGCCGGUUCAAAGGAAUUCCAAGGUUAUCGUAAGGCCGCACAGUCCUCCUCCUCCAGCGCCCGUCAAGAAAAAGGACAAACGCUCGACUUCGUGGUAUGCGGAGGUCGGUUUGUUCAAAAAUUCGGAGAGCUGUUUGCCGAAGAGAUCGAACACGUUCUGGUACGCCGAGGUGGGGUUGUACCAGACAGCGCGGAGUACUCCGAGUACGAGCUCAGCGGAGAACAGCGGGAACACAGGGAACGUGUCGAUUAAAGGGGAAGACUUUAUUAAUCAGGAUAACAGCGAAGAGUACUAUAACAUGAAAAAUGGUACCGAUUAUUAUAACGACAGUAUUACCAGUUUCAGUAGUACUGAGACUAAGAAGGACUCUUUGACGAACUUGACGACUGAUAAACACCUGAGAUUGGAAGACGAACCUCUGUAUCAGUUUUACGAUGCCGCGCUGCUCGAGUCGGUUUGCAACGAAAGCGCGUCCGAUUUCGACUCCGAUGGGUACGAGGAAGUCGGAGACACUAAUUCGGAAUCUCGACUCUCAUCCAGACCAUCUGCAAUGGAACUCAUAUCGACCAAGAACUCGGUGGCGGUUUCUAGAACCCUGUGGUGCGAAAUUCCAGAAGUGAUCGCCUCCUCGGUCUUAAGCACGCUAAGCACUCACCAAAAGAAACUUCAAGAAGCGAAAUUCGAAAUGAUAACGUCCGAAGCGUCCUAUUUGAACUCUCUCAACGUCCUCCAUAACCACUUCGUGAAGAAUUUAGACAACAGCGAGAUUUUGACUAAAGAAGAGUUGGAUACCCUCUUUGGAAAAGUGGCGUCUGUGAAAACGUGCUCGGAGAAGCUUCUCCACGAUCUGGAUAAGUGUUGGCAAGACAAUAUUCUUCUGCACGGCGUGUGCGAUAUCGUCCAGAAGCAUGCAGAAGAGAACUUCCACGUGUACGUGCCCUAUUGCGAGCACCAGAUUCUUCUAGACGAGACGCUAAGACGUCUUAAAGAAAAACCCGCCUUCCUCGAGUUGCUGCGCCAAAUGGAGUCCAGCCCUGCGUGUCAAUCCCUCACUCUAUACUCAUUUUUAAUGUUACCAAUGCAGAGAAUUACUCGAUGGCCACUUCUUGUAGACGCGGUUUUGAAGAGACUCUCACCUCAGGAUUCAGAGUAUUUAACGUGUCAAUACUCUCUAGCUACGAUCAAUAAAAUCGUGAACCAGUGUAACGAGGGCGCGCGUCGCAUAGAACGCGAAACCGAAAUGAAGAAGAUCGUCACCCAGUUAGAAUUCGCCAAAGGCGUGCCUCCCAUCGAAAUCAUCUCCGAAAACCGAUGGCUCAUUAAAUCUGGCAUGGUUACCCACAUGCAGCAAAGAACCGACGAGAUUAAAUUAACGUUCGGCAAACGCUUCGCGAAAAUCAAUCUGUAUUUAAUUUUGUUCAACGAUCUGCUCCUCGUCACUAAACCAAAAAGUGAGAACUUGUACACCGUUAUCCACUACUGCUCCCGGAACCUGGUGGAGCUCAACAGCACGGACGCCGUCCUCACGCUCCCUGUGAAAGACGCCCAAAGCCGUCACCUCCUCUUCCUCACGAUCCUGGAGAACCAAAACGAAAAGACUGUCGAAUUCCUGUUGUCGUGCAGCAGCGAGAGCGACAAGGAGCGGUGGGUGGAAGCCCUGACUCCUCCCAAGUCCGAAGAUCCGGACGAAACUCUGUACGAGUGUUGGGACUGUCCUCAGGUCACUGCCAUUCAUAGUUACUCAGCUAGUCAACCGGACGAAUUGGCGCUGUCAAAAGGUGACGUCAUCAACGUUCUGCGGAAGAUGGCGGAUGGGUGGUACCACGGAGAGAGAAUAAGAGACGGUCAGACUGGCUGGUUCCCCGCGAAUUACACCGCAGAAGUGGCGAAUCCGCACGUCAGGUCGCGCAACUUGAAGCAGAGAUAUAGGUUGUUGGCGUUUUCGGAAAGUUAUUUAAAAGCGAAAUAAUCUUCAUGUUAUUUUUGUUAUAUAAUUUAUGAUAUAAAUUCUAUAGACAACAAAGGUAGUGAUAUCAAAUGUUUUUAUUCAGUUAUGAUAACAUGAACAAAAUGUAUAUAUUAAAGGAAUACAAAAUAAAUUUAUUAUAUUUUUUAA